CUCAGUGCUCCAUUGAUAAACAAAUAUCAGUCGGCCUUCUGUCGUGACCACGCAAAUUGUUAUCGUGAAUUAUUUACUGCUUUUUCUGUACGAGUGGAUGAGGUGUCAUUAGGAAGACAAAAGUGCAAAAAUGGCUUUAUCAAAACCGAUUAUGUCGCUAAUGGCAUCAUAUUUACAGAAUUUGUAUUUACACCCAGUGAAAACGAAAUCGAUAACAAGUUGCGUCGUGGGCACGACAGCAUGCGUGGCCUCCCAGCUGAUGGCCGGCGAUUCCCUCAAGCUAGACCCGAUUCUGGCCUAUGGUUUAUAUGGAUUACUAUUCGGCGGAUCCAUACCACACUAUUUCUAUGAAGUAAUAGAGAGGAUAUUCCCCGAGGAAGUGGUAGCGUUUCCAUUAGCAAAGAAGCUGCUCUUCGAACGGUUGAUCUUCGCUCCUGUGAUGCAAGCGUUCUCGCUUUACACGCUAGCGCGGUUCGAGGGAAAGAAUCACGCGGCGGCAGUGAAGCAGUUAAUGGCUCUGUACCUGCCUGUACUGCAAGCCAACUGGAAGUGGCUGACUCUGUUCCAGAUCAUCAACUUGGCGUUUGUACCUCCUAUGUUAAGAGUUCUCUUCAUGAACUUCGUUGGAUUGGGCUGGGCCAUAUUCCUAGCAAAUAAGAGGCGUCAAAGCCAGAAGAAAGAAUAAAAUAAAUUCGCCCAAGAAAAAACGCGAAGCAUUUAGCGGGAACAUAACGAUCGAGGUGCUGGUAGUAUAUUGUGGUAACUAAACGAAUUAUAUCUUAUUUUAAGUUACCCUUAUGGGGCAGUGAGAAUAUUACACAAUAUUUUGAACCUAAUAACGGGCCGUUUAGGGUCCCACCCUGCCAUAUAAGGGUGAAGGAAGGUAAACACUAAACACAUUCCUAAUACUUAAGUCACUAUGGUUGUAAAUAGGUACUUUAUAAGUGUUAAAUUUUUACUUAAGUAUAUUAUAUUGCAAUAUUUUUGUAUGUAUAAAUCUAAGGUUUUAAUAAAACAUUUAAUGCAUUUGUAUUACUUACUUUAUUUUACAACAGCAAUGUAUUCCCAAUUAUUUACUUUCUAAAUAUUUUUUAAGAAGUCUUUAUAACUUGCCUAUUUUACUAUGAUCAAAUCAGCAAAAUCAAUUCAUCCAGUUAAUGGUGCUCGAGGGAAGCUUUAUAUUAUACAAACAUCUAUACAUUCAAUUGAAGAUGUAUAAUAAAACUGUUAUUCGUA